AUGUUUGGCAACAGUCUUGCAGUGUUACAUGCACUGGACAAUGCUAGAACUCAGUGGUACCAUGUCACUACCGUAGGCAUCGCCGGUAUGGGCUUCUUCACUGGUGCUUAUGGUCUCUUUUGCAUCUCCACCGUCUCAAGACUCCUGGGUCGCCUUUACUUUUCCGAUCCUACUUCUGAAAUGCCAGGAAAGCUACCCCAUAAUAUUACCAACGCAGUUAUUGGUGCAGCCCUAGUUGGAACCCUCAUUGGGCAAUUGUUCUUUGGUUGGCUUGGUGACAAACUUGGUCGCAAAAAAGCAUACGGGAUCACCCUCAUUCUCAUGGCAUUUUGUUCUGUUUGCUCGGGUCUAUCAUUUGGAGCUAGUCCAAAGGCUGUCAUUGGAACACUCUGUUUCUUCCGUUUCUGGCUAGGAUUUGGCAUUGGUGGAAAUUAUCCUCUUUCUGCAACGAUAAUGUCAGAAUAUGCUAAUAAAAAGACUCGUGGGGCAUUUAUAGCUGCAGUUUUUGCUAUGCAAGGCGUUGGGACUAUGUUUGCAGGGUUAGUUUCAAUGAUUCUAGCGAAAAUCUUCCUCAGCCAAUAUCCAGCGCCGGCGUAUAGAGUAGACCGACUCUUAUCAACACAGCCAGAGGGCGAUUUCUUUUGGCGGAUUGUGUUAAUGUUCGGUGCAUUGCCGGCCCUUCUGACUUUCCAUUGGCGAAUGAAAAUGCCCGAAACGGGGCGUUACACUGCACUAAUCGAAGGCGACGCCAAACAAGCCGCUGCAGACAUGGGUCGAGUUCUCAACAUUGAAAUCCCAGUAGAACAAGAGAACUUGGUGCAGUUUAAGGCUGCCAACGAAUGCAAAUUAUUCUCCAGCGAGUUCUUUCAACGCCAUGGCUAUCAUUUGAUUGGCACAAUGACGACUUGGUUCUUGUUGGACAUAGCGUUUUACAGUCAAAAUUUAACUCUGAAGGACAUUUUCCCAGCCAUUGGUUUAACACACAAAGCUCGGGAUGUUAACGCUCUCACAGAAGUCUAUGAGACCUCUCACGCCUUGUUUAUGACUACCUUGUUUUGUUCUUUCCGCGGCUACUGGUUCACCGUCCUGUUCAUCGAAAAAAUGGGCCGGUUCAAGAUCCAAAUUUUGGGAUUCUUCAUGAUGUCUCUUUCUAUGCUUAUCAUUGGCAUCAAAUAUCACUAUCUAUUAACUAAUGCUCAAACCCUACUUACUCUGUUGUACGGACAAACAGUUUUCUUCGCGAAUUUUGGUCCAAACAGUACAAUAUUUGUUCUCUCAGCGGAACUGUUUCCGACCAGGGUGAGGUCCACGUGUCAUGCGCUAAGUGCGGCUUCAGGGAAGGUGGGUUCGAUUGUGGCGGCUUUAUUUGUGCAAUCAUACACUUUAAAUGGGGGUCCUCAAAAAAGUCAAAAGGCGAUAAUGAUUCUAGCGUUUAUAAACAUGCUAGGGUUCUGCUUCUCGUUUUUGUUGACUGAGACCAAGGGACGAUCUUUGGAGGAGAUUUCUGGGGAAGACGGUGGCACUGAGAAUUAUAAUGAGACCCAGAUGGGGCCUAUGCCGCAGAUGGGUUGGCAGGUAGGUCUCAGGCCGCAUGGUGAGAAGUAA